AUGCAAGCAAAAACAGAAAAGAGAAAAUCUUCUCUGAAGAGUGUGAAAAAAGAUACAGGAAAAUCAGAGAAACUUAAAUAUAAGCCACUCACUGGGAAGGUGUUUUACCUUGAUAUUCCAUCAAAUGUGAUCUCUGAAAAAAUAGGGAAGGACCUCAAAGAGCUAGGAGGGAGAGUGGAGAGUUUUCUUAGCAAAGAUAUCAGCUAUCUGGUGUCUAAUAAAAAGGAGGCAAAAUUUUCAUCAACUCUUGGUCAGAUUUCUCCUGUUCCUAGCCCAGAAUCUGCAUGUAAUGGAGGAAAUAGUUCACCUCAUCCUAGCAACCGAAAAGAUCGACAUGAUGGAAGUUCAUUUAAGAUAGCAGAUACAGUACGUAUGAGUAGAGGAAAAUCCUUAGUUGAAAAGGCAAUCAAAGAGCAGGACUUAAUCCCCUCUGGUAGUAUACUAUCCAGUGCUUUGAGUUGGGGAGUGAAGAUACUUCAUAUUGAUGAUGUUAAGAAUUAUAUUGAACAAAAGAAAAAGGAGCUCUACCUAAUCAAAAGAGCAGGCAGUUCUUUUAGAGAUGGGGGAAAACAAGUUAUUGCUCCAAAGUCAAGAACAGGUAAACUGAAAAAUCCGUUUGUCAAGGUGGAAGAUGGAAGUUGCCACUACCGACCAUUUUAUCUGCAGUUACCCAGUUUUCCAGUUCUAAACUACUGUGUUCCAAAACCGUAUAGUCCAUUUGAGGUGGAUAAGAAGCAUCCUUCUGGUCAAAAGCAAACUCAGUCUAAGCACAGCAGAAACAAAAUAAAUAGUGACAAGGACUGUGGAACUCCUGUUCAGCUCCCUCAGAAGGACAAAAAAAAGAGAGGAUAUUGUGAAUGUUGCGGGAAGAAAUAUGAAGAUCUGCAAACACAUCUUGAAAGUGAACAGCACCGAAAUUUUGCACAAAGCAUACAGUAUCACGUUGUUGAUGAUAUAAUCUCAAAGCUUGUUUAUGAGUUUGUCGAAUACAAAGAUGAUGCAAAAAAAAUACAAAGGACAAAAUGUAGUACAGGAUAUUUUUCUCCUAUUAUUGGAAAGGUAACUAGACCAGAUGAGCUGAAAGAACGACUUAAAAAGCAACGCAUUUCAUUGAAAAGUUACUCGUGGAAGGAUACCGCAAUGCGGGCACUCAAACUGGAUCGCCAGCCAAAUUCUGUGCUAAUACCUGUCCCUGUUUCUGGAUCUGGCUGUUCAAUUCUUUAUCGUCACCUGUCACAACCUUCAGAACUAAAAAGUAAGUUCAGAAAUAAUGAUGAAAAUAUUAAUACUGAUUGCUCCUGUGCUGCAAACUUAAGAGAGACUUUUGUAUCAUCAAAUUUCAUACAACCACCCCCUCAGAAAGAUGACAAAGCAUAUACAGAGAACUUGUUUCUAGCUUAUGAGCCAUUCAGUAAGGAAAUACUGGAACCAGAAGUAAAUAAAAAGAAUUUACAGUGUUUUCAGGAAGGCAUGUGUACUUUAUAUUCUCAUAUUCAAGUCACAGAUUUUGGUGAAAAAGACAAAAGCCUAUCGCAGCCAAAACGAAAAUUAAAUAAUGCAGUAGUUCUACCAGCAAAGUGUUUGAAAAAAACAGAUGCCAAUCCUACGUUUGUCAAGAAACAUCGUGAUUUAUGUGAUAAUCAUCAACAGAUGCAGCACAAUGUAGGUCUGGAGGCUGAAGUAUCUGAUACUGCUGUAAACAAAGAACUUAAUGAAUUGGCUCCCACCACUGCUCAUAGUUCACCGUCUGGAAAGCUGCAUAGAAAAGUGAAGCUUUGCUUGGGAAGAAAUAAAAGAGAAACCUGGAAACAGAAUACGGAGUUGUGCGUAAAGGAUGCAGAUGGACUGUCUGUUCCUGAAGAGAAGAGAUGUUCUUGUAGCUCACCAGUGCAGGCCCUACUGGAAUUAUUUCAGACAAGUGAAAUAAACUCAGAAUUUGGAGGUUUUUCAGGUUACACUGAGAACAGAGGUUCAACUAGUAUAAAAGAUAUAUGGGAAGGGCAGAAUACAAAUGUUAUGUGGCCAUUAUUUUCCUCUUCAUCUUCAUCCCCAUUUGUUGGAUUUUAA